UAAGCUGCUGGCAGCAGCUGGUAUAAAUUUGAAAACACCGUUCAAUUUGCUUUUCUCUAUAGCAACGAAUGUAUCGUUUACUAAAGCAAUUUAGUACAAUCCUACUCCAAGCACAGCAAUUCAUUGUAAAAUCAAACGGAGGUAGGAAAUUAAAUUGGAAUGGGCAUUUAUUGGUAGGGGUAUAUCUCACUCACUAUUAAAGAUAUUGCAACGGAACGAAAUAACCAUUCAUGAUGUGCAACAGCUGAUUAAACAUAAAUUUAGUUUAAAUGAUGAAAUCAAUAAAUUUCGUCCGCUAUUCAUUGUGAUUUAAUUAAAAAAAAGAAAUAAAUAGUGUUGAUCUCCAACGGGUUAAUUGCGUGCCAUACGUUAAAAAUCCGCCCCAUUUUGUGAUUCUAUUCAGCAGUAGUUAAAUGGUAUUUAAUCAAUCCGCAGUGUUUGACCAUCUCCCAGUUCAUACAGUAUGAAGCAAUUGCUAAUAGAAGAAGGCACUAUAAAUGACUCCACAUCUGGAUCACGUUUGAAACCCAUCGCUUCAAAGGUUGUGCUGAAUGUAAUUUAUCCUAUAUGUAUUAUUUUCCCAACUGUUUCCAUCAUAAUUGCCUGUUGGAGAAACGGAUUGAAUAAUUUUUAUACCUUGCACGUUCUGCUAACAGGCAUAGGGUUUAAUCUACUUAUGCCCACAGGAAUCUCGCUACUGUGUGGACAACAUUUUUACUGGCAUUCGUCUUGCAUCAGCUCUCGUAGAACCAUCCAUUGGAUACUGCAGUCCGUCGCUAGUGCAUGUGUCUUGGCUGGGACAGUACUACAGUACAUCAAUCGAGAAAUGAAACACAAACACCAUAUCGUCUCGGUGCAUUCGAUUGUGGGACUGUUAUCGCUGGUGCUAGUCGUCGUUAGCUUGUUCCAGUGUUAAUUCUUUACCAAUCUCACACACACACCUGCGUAUAAACAUUUGAAGUGAUAACAUUGUUCAAAUUUGAAUAACAUGAAAAUACAGCACACAAACGAUCAGCAACAGAAAGUUGCAAUGGAUCGGAAGAGUGUUACAGAGAGUGAAUGGUUUUGCAUGGUGGAAGGCAUUUUCAACACGCUCAAUCACACCAUGAUCGGUGUGGUCUGUAUCUACACUAGCUGGCUCUGUUGGAUGAAUGGGUUCGAUAAGCUUUACACCUGGCAUGUGUUCCUCACUUUGCUCGGGUACCAUCUACUAAUGGCCGAAGGAAUCGUGUUGCUGUACAGUGGCAAUGGUUGGACACAGAAACUAUCGCACUCGCACAAGCGCACUGUCCACUGGUUGAUCGAAGUCGUUGGCUGUACUUGCUGUGUGGUGGGCAUUGCGUUGGAGAUCUACUUCCGAGGGUCCACCAAUCGACGACACUUCUCAUCAACGCACAGCAUUGUUGGACUAAUUUCCCUCGUUUUUCUCGUGCUUACGCUUGCGAAUGGGUUGAUGGCGUUGUUUGCCAUCGAGCUGCGAAAACGCAUCCGACCGAUCUACUCGAAGUUAAGCCACUAUCUUACCGGCACGGUAUGCUACGUGCUGGGCAUGGUGGCGAUCGUGCUAGCUUAUGAGAAAAGAAUCUAUCGUCAGAAUACGAUUACCGAGGGAAUAACGAUGAUGACCGUUUUCACCAUAGCGGUCACAAUGCUCAGUAUGAUUGGGGUAGUGAAGACGAUCUACAAUCAGCUCAGGACACUCGCGAAAUAAUGAAAAGAACCACCCCCGGAACGGAAUUUGGAAUAAUAUUUACACUUAUUUUAAGCCACAUAUAAUCAUGUAUAUUAUAAACACACGUAUUAUAGCUAAUACGGAACAAAUGAUAAAAGAUCAGUAAUGACUCGAAACAUAUAAAUAAACCCA